AUGGCUCUAAAGUCUUCAUUCACCAUGGGACGUUUUACGACAAAACUACAUAACGUCAGCCUACUGUUUUCAAUUGCCAUUUCAUGUCUUGCAAUGGAUCUGUACAUUCUUCCAAUAUAUAACAACAAGCCCAUAACUAUUCCAGUCCUUACUCUUUUAUAUUGUUGUCUUGUGGGCAGUGGAUGGAUGUGGGUGGUUGAUAAUAAGAGAAAAUGGUAUAUUCGAUCAAUCCGAAGGUUCUACUGGCAUCGGAUACUUAUGCCAACCGCAGUUGUAUGUUUGAACAUCUUGCUCCCGCUGGUUAUGGUGCUCAAUUUCUAUGGAAGUUGGUUUUAUAUCCUUAUCACUAUUCUGAUCUACGCACUAUAUGCCUACUUAGCUGUUGGCACGACAGAACGCUUUUUUGCCUAUGAAGAAGAAUUUCGAUACACCAUUCCGAAAUCUGUAAAACUCACCAGUUUGCAAAUGAUUUAUACAAUAAUUUUCUUCGUGUGUUCACAAACCUACUAUAUUUCCCUGAGCUGCAUGACCUAUUAUCCAUUUCAACAAGAAAAGAUUGCCAUCAAAUUCUGGUCUCCUACUCUGCUCUUCUGUCCUUUAAUCAAUAUUUUUACGCUGCCAACUAUCCAUCUAGCAAUUUGUGUACAUAAUUCCAACAGUAUCCAUUUCUCUCGUCAGCACCCCGGAACAAGACUGAAAUGGGAUGGAAUGAAGAAAUGGAACGCUAUAUCUGGGAAAUGGGAGAUUGACGAAAGCCCAAAGGAUCAUGAGAUUCUGAAUUUGUGUUAAUUUUUAGACGAAUAAAACUUGUUUCAAACAA